AUUAACUUUUUCGGACGUCCAAAAGACCAGUGAGGUGAAGCCAUUCACCUUUAUAUGCAGUCAACAUUUUUUUGGGGGGGCCAUUGUCCUGCAGAAGACAAAGAGGACCUGGGCCAGGCCGAUACGGUCUUCCUCCAACUAUUGGCUUUAUCGGCCAUGACUUCACAAAACAAACAAGCCCUGCAUACACGUUCCACACCAGGAUGAGUGACAAUAUGUAUUGUGUUGACUGUAGUCCGGGACCUCGGUAUCACAUUGAUGCUAAGAUGACUCGCUUAGGGAGAGAUGGCACACCUGCGUACUCUAUGUUGGGCAGAAAAAAAGCACAAAAGAAGCUCCUCCACACCCCUGGACCGGGCUUCUACAGCCCAGAAAAAGCCCCACCGUGCAACCUCCAGCGUCGGCCCCCUUCCUACACUAUGGGCUCCCGCACAAACUACCGUACCUUGGACUUCGUGCCCGCUCCGAACAAGUACACUCUCCCUCCACUAAUGGGCCCUCAUAUCCCACACAAACCGGCCAGCGCCAGCUACACAAUGUCGGCUACUUUGAGCCAUGGCGGGCCUUCCGUGGAUCUCGCCAAGACGCCGGGGCCUUGUAGAUACAAUAGCACACACCCCAGCAUUUAUCUCCGCAAGUCACCUGCUUUCUCCAUGUUAGGGCGACACAGUGUACCUAGAGACAGCACCGAAAAGCCCGGUCCAGGGGCUUAUAACCCAGAAAAAGUGACAGUGCACAAAGCUCGGGCCCCAGCCUUCUCCAUGGGGAUUAAACACUCUGAGUUUGUCACGCCACUGGUCGUCACUAUUACUGAUUAGCUACAAAGAAACAACUGAACAAUCUAAAAAUAUACACAACAUUUUUUGUUUUGUGUGUAUUUUUGUGCAUUAUUUUCCAAUUAUCUAUUUCAAAGCAUGCAGCAAUGUUCACAAUUUAAAGGCAACAUAUUACCAUGCGCGUCACUAGACAUAUUUCACUUGGGCACGUGCCCAAGUAUUGAUCAGUAGUGCCCCAGUAUAAA